AUGGAGGAAGCCUUGAGCAAACUCAUGGAUGAAUUUAAAAAGAAGAAAAAACGGCAUGAUAGUGAUAGUGAUGCUUCUAGUAGUGAUGAUGAUAAUCAUAAUAAGAAUAAGAUCGAUGAUAAAGGUAUCAAGCUUGAUGAUUUUACGGGUCUAGGAAGCCCCGAAGAUUUUCUUGAGUGGGCGAGACAAUUAGAGAAAAUUUCAGAUUAUAAGGGUUUUGAUGAUUCCCAACGAUUCAAGAUUGCUUAUAUUAGACACACUAAGAAUGCGGGAAUUUGGUUCGAUAAUUUGAAAGCACGACGUGCUAGGGCAGGAAAAGAAAAAAUCAAGACUUGGACGGUUUUGAAAAGGAAGAUGCGUUCUAAAUAUCUUCCACAUGAUUUCGAACAAACUCUAUAUGUGAGACUCACUAUGUUGGUACAAGGUACUAAGAGUGUUAAUGAAUAUAUUACUGAAUAUGAUAAACUAACCUCUCUUUGUGAUUUGGAUGAAAAAGAACCAUUGAGGAUUCCUAGGUUCCUUAAAGGUCUAAAUCGCACUAUCUCUAGGAAGAUUGAAUUGAGUACGUAUGAAUCAUUCAAUGAUGUGUGCAAACUAGCUUUAAAAAUUGAAAGUCAUUGGCUCAAAGAUAAGAAGAGCACAAGUACAAAGAAUUUUUGUACCAAGUUCUCACAAGGAACCAAAACAAGCAAAACUUUCAAGCCUUUUAAACCGAGUUCCUACGAGUCUAAGGGAGAAAGCUCAACAAGUGGAGAAAAGAAAUUUGUUAAGAUAUCUAAAGAAGAGUUCGAAUCCCGAAUUAGGUGUUUCAAAUGUCAAGGAAAGGGACAUAGGUCGGAUCAAUGUCCUUCCAAGAAAGCUCUCACAAUAAGACAAUACGAACAACAAGUAGAAGAAGAGAAACACAUAGUUUUUGGGUGUGACGAUGAGGAAUCCGAAACUAAGGCAACAAGUAGUGAGGAAGAGAACGAUGAGAUUGAUCCCGAAGAUGAUGAAAAAGUGCUUGUAGUAAGGAAGAUCCUCCAUGCCGAAGCAAACCCUAACAAAUCUCAACGUGAAAACUUAUUCCAUACUCGUCGCAAAGUAGGAGAUAUAUCAUGCAAGGUGAUCAUUGAUAGUGGUUCAUGUACUAAUGUGGCGUACACAGAGAUGGUUACUAAGCUCAACCUUCCAACAAGGGUACAUGAGAAUCCUUACAAGUUGAGUUGGCUCGAUGAUUCUAAGGGACUUCAUGUGAAGAAACAAGCCUUAGUAAGCUUUUCCAUUGGGAGACCUUGGCAAUUUGAUCAUCAAGUUACACAUGAUGGUGAGGCAAAUACUUAUUCGGUCAAAAUAGGAAACAAAAGGUUCAAACUUAAUCCUCUACCUCCUAAUUCAAGCUACGGUCAUACCAAAGAUAAAGAGAAGCAAGUGCUGAAUUUCUUUUUGAAUGCUAAGGAACUUGAGAGUGAAUUAGAAAAGGGUACCACGGUCUUUACCUUAGUGAUAAAAGAGGCAAAAUCCAUAAGUUCCUCAACAAACAUGCACAUAGAAGAAUUACUAGACGAAUUUAAGGAUGUGUUCCCGGAGGAACUUCCUAAAGGUCUACCUCCUUUGCGUAGAAUAGAGCAUGCUAUUGAUCUUAUUCCCGGAGCUUCUCUACCUAAUAAACCAGCAUAUAGGUGCGAUCCUACGGCUUCUCAAGAGCUUCAAAGACAAAUAGAGGAAUUGAUUGAAAGAGGCUAUGUUCGAGAAAGCAUGAGCCCUUGUGCGGUUCCAGCUUUACUAGUUCCAAGGAAAGAUGAUCGAUCAUAG